AUGUUUUUUGACCGUGAAACAACAGUCGUUAUUACUAAAUUCAAUAAUUUAUCUGAAUCAGUCUUAACUACUUAUUGUAAACAUUUUGGUAGUGUUAUUCGAUGUUUAAUUAAAACUUCUACUCGAUCUCGAAAUAAAGAUCCUUAUGCUCUAAUUAAAUUUGCUAAAGCAUCAAGUGUUACUUCUAUUCUUAAUCAUCGUAAUCAUACUAUCAAUGGUGCACAUAUUGUCAUGCGAAGUUAUCAUCAAGAUACAAGUAAUUCUGAUCCAACGCAAGCACUACCAAGCUUAAUGUCAUUAGCACAACAAAAUCCAAUUACAUCUAAUCAUAAUAAUAAUAAUGACCCACAACAAACGAAAUAUGAUCAAAUAAUGCAAGAAAAUUAUGCACUUAAAUGUCAAAUAGGAAAUCUUCAAACGCUAUUAUUUGAGGCACACGUAUAUUCUGAAACUGCCUAUAAUACAUUUCAAAUGUUACGAGAAAAAUUCGAUGAAGAACAAGAUCUUGCAAAUAAACUGAAAUCAGAAAAUGCAGCUAUGGUUGAAUCACAUGAAGCUCUAUUAAAACAAUUAUCAUCAUCAUCGGUAUCACCUUCGAUAAAAAUAAUAGUAAAAGAUAAAAUAAAAGAAGAACCAAUUGAUAGUAAUUCUCAAGUAAAACACUCAGUAAAUAAUUCACUUGAAAUGCGAAUAAUAAAAGAACAUUUAGAACAAGCACAAAUUGAUUUAGGUAGAUGUCAGGCUGAAAAUGCUUUACUUAAUGCUAAAUUAAUAGUACGUGAACAACAAUUUGAUAUACGUUUUAAGGAAUUAAAUAAUCAAUAUAUACGUAUAAAAAAACAAUAUGAACAUCUAUCAUUAUGUAUUAAAGAUUUUCAUGCAAAAGUAUAUCCAAAUCAACAAUUAAAACCUGAAUCAAAAGAAGAAAAUAAUAAUAAAACUAAUGAUUCAAAUGAAGACGUAGUGGAAAUAACUAUGCAAGUAGAACCGAUAUUAUCACAGAUUUAA